CAAUUUUCAGCAAUUCAAUAAUGUGGUCCAUACAGAAAAAAAAAAAGAAGAUUCCAACGAUGAGUUAGUACCACAAUACGAUUGAUUAAUACACCACUAGAUGGAUUGAUAGUACUUCUUCCUCACUAUAUAUUAACCAUAUGCUUUGUGUUAUGUGUAUUUAUAGUCGCCUUGUUAUUAACAUUCAACAGGGUCUCUCUUUCACUCUUUCUUUUAGUGUGUUUAUUUUCUGCUAAUUGUCUAUUUUUCGCACUUCCUAUACCUAGGUUUGACCAAUUUUUGCUAAUUUCAUAUUUAAGCGGAAAGAAGAAAUAAGUUUCUUAGGGGAAAAAAAAACAUGGGAGACACCCUUUUGCCAUUUCUGGUCGCGUUUUGCUUAAUUGCUUGUUUGAUUGUUUUGAUUGGAAGAACAGUGAAUUGGGUAUGGUUGAAGCCGAAAAAGACAGAAAAAUUGCUUCGGGAACAAGGUUUCAACGGAAAUCCGUACAAAAUGUUACAUGGAGACACAAAGGAGAUGGGCGCUAUGAUUAAAGAAGCUUAUUCUAAACCUAUCAAAUUGUGUGAUGACAUUGUCCCUCGAGUCUUGCCUUUUCAACACCAUCUCAUCAACAAAUACGGUGAAAAAACAUUCUUUUGGGUUGGUCCAAUUGCCAAGGUGCUUAUUACAAAUCCUGAACUGAUACAAGAAAUUUUGACAAAAAAUUCUGUCUUUAAAAAACCAAUUCCCAACCCACUGGUCAAGUUUAUUGUUGCUGGUUUGGCUGGCUACGAAGAUGAAAAGUGGACUAAGCAUCGGAAGAUCGUCACCCCUGCUUUCUACCUUGAAAAACUCAAGAAUAUGGUACCGGCUAUGUAUAUUUCCUGCAAUGAGAUGAUAAAGAAGUGGGAAAUAUUAAUGCUUCAGACAGAAAAUAAAAACUCGGUGGAGUUGGAUGUGCAACCUUACCUGGAAACUUUAACCAGCGACGUGAUUUGUAGAACAACAUUUGGUAACAGCCAUUCACAAGGAAGCAAGAUUUUCCAGCUUCAAAAACAACAAGCAGAAUUAACCGGCCAAGUUUUGAAAUCUGUUUACGUUCCCGGAUGGAGAUUUUUACCAACAAAAAGAAAUAGGAAAAUGCAUCAGAUCAACAAUGAGCUGCGAGCACUCUUUAAGGAAAUUAUUACUGAAAAAGAAACGGCCAUGAAGUUAGGGAAAGCUAAGGAUGACAAUUUGCUGUCUAUGUUGUUGAAAUCAAACUUGAAAGAAACACAGGAGCAAGGACAGAAACAUGGGUUGAGUAUUGAUGAAGUGAUUGAGAAUUGCAAAACAUUUUACUUCGCUGGCCAAGAGAGCACCUCAAAUCUACUCAGCUGGACUAUGUUUUGUUUAAGCGUACACCCUAGCUGGCAAGCUCGUGCUAGGGAAGAAAUUUUGCAGGCCUUUGGGAGCAAGAUACCCGACUAUGAUGGAUUGAAUCGUCUUAAAAUUGUAACAAUGAUAUUAUACGAAGUUCUAAGAUUGUACUCACCAUCAGUAAUGUUCACAAGAAUAGUUUACAAAGAGACGAAACUAGGAGACAUAGUUUUGCCUCCUGGUGUUCAACUCAUGCUACCAGUUCUAUAUGUUCAUCGUGACCCUAAAUUGUGGGGAGAAGACAGCAAAGAUUUCAACCCAGAAAGAUUUGCUCAGGGAAUUGCCAACGCAACCAAAAAUCAGCUGUGUUUCUUUCCAUUCAGUUGGGGUCCUCGGAUUUGCGUUGGGAACAAUUUCGCUUUGAUGGAAGCCAAACUGGCUUUAACCAUGAUACUUCGACACUUCGAGUUCCAGCUUUCUCCUUCUUACAUUCAUGCACCAUCUUUUGUUGUUACUCACAAACCUCAACAUGGCGUUCACAUUAUUCUGCACACAGUCAGCAAGUCAAAUUGAUGAAUAUUUGUUUGCAACCUUGUUUAAAAUCAUUUUUUAAUGUUAUAUUAUUAGUUGUGUUUAUAAUAUUUUCUCUCGUGACUUCUAAUCAUUGUCAGGAAAUAAAGAGUAAAACGUCCAAAUAGCUCCUUACAUUUGAGUUUACUUGAAUUUACGUCCAUAAUAUUAAUAUUUCAAUAUCGUAG